GGCAGCGUGACCGCACUGCAUUGAGUUUCUUUAAUGAAAGCCAGGAAAGAACACAUUACACAGUGUUUCUUCUGCGAGCUCGCUAGCCUCCAGUGAUUGAAAUCAAUAAAAACAGUCGGCAAGGGGCCCAGUGGGGGAAGAGAGAAACCUCCACUACGGCAUUCAGUUUGCUUUGCACUUUCUCCCUCCCCCCUGAAGUUAAACUCGGAUCACCAUGACGAGCUGCUCGGCUCCCCGCGCUCGCACCGGGAUUUGAGGGCAGGGAGCGCCUCGGCUCCUGCUGCCCUGCUCGGAGAACCACGGCGCUGCGUUCAGAUCGAAUCCCUCCUGGAAAAGUUCACCGGACAAGUGCACUGCCCUGCGCCCAGAAGGGGAAAGCCCUGCAGGAGGAUGGUAGAGGAGCCCGGGGAGGAAGGAGCCAUCUGAGCCAGCGGGAGCCCGCGUCCUGGUGAGGAUGCCAAGCCAGGGGAGCUGCGGAUCUGCUGGCAGCCAGCAGCCCAGCUCACAGCGACCUGCACCGUAGGGCGGCCCGGCGCUCAGCGGCACAUCAGCACAGAGCCAGAGGUUCCAUCUUCGAGUGACGUCCUUCUGGGCUGCACCUCAUAGAAAUGAGAGGUCGGAGUUUCUGCUGAGCUUACCUUGGAAGGGUUCUGACUUGAUGGACAAAAUGUUUCUGCCAGCCUUCAAGGAACAGCAGGGCAGUGCCCACCAGAAAAGCUGGUAACCAGCAGAGAAGAUACAAGAGCUAAAAUCACUAUGUGGAGCUGUGAAACCUUAAACAGUACUGACAACAGCGAGGACCAGCAUCUCUGCCAGGACUUCCACUUUGUGCUAUCCAUCUUUUCCCUACUCUACCUCAUCAUAUGUUUCCCAAUUGGCCUGUGCUACAACGGCCUGCUGGUCCUGGUCAACCUGUACAACAAAGCGACCAUGACGAUGCCUGAUGUUUACUUUGUCAAUAUCGCCAUUGCUGGUCUCAUCAUCAACACCCUGGCACCGAUGUACCUCCUAGGUCUUGCCAACACAAAAUGGGCCAUCUGGAAUUCUAACAACGAAGUUUAUAUCACCUUGCUUAUUUUGUUCAACGUCUCGUCUUUGGUUACCAUGUACUCUACGACAUUACUCAGCCUGGACUACUACAUCGAACGCGCUCUACCCAGAACUUACAUGUCCAGUGUGUACAACACCAAGCACGUCUGCGGAUUCAUAUGGGGCGGAGCCAUGCUCACGAGUUUCUCAUCUCUUCUAUUCUAUGUCUGCAACCACGUAUCCACUAAAAUAAUCGAAUGUUCCAAGAUGCAGAACAAAGAGGCAGCGGAUGCCAUCAUGGUGUUUAUCGGGUACGUCGUUCCCGCUGUCGCAGUACUGUAUGCUCUUAUUCUGAUCCUGAGGAUACGCAAAGAGGCAACACCUCUGGAUCAAGACACUGGACGAUUAGAUCCAUCGGUGCACAGGCUUUUGAUUGCCACAGUCUGUGCACAGUUCACGUUAUGGACACCCUAUUACGUUACCCUUUUGGUAAGCACAUUUACUUACGCACGAGGAAGACCUGCAGAUGAAAACUACAGUCGGAUAUUACAUUUUACCAAGAUUUUAUCCAAAUUCUUGGCUUUCUCGAGCAGCUUUGUAAUGCCUUUGCUUUAUAGAUACAUUAACAAAAACUUUCCCAACAAAUUACGACGGCUGCUCAAAAAGAUACACUGUGGGAAUCAGGGGUGUUCUCACGAACGCACAGUAGUACAGCAGGUCAUGACGUAGGCAUCGAACACCUCGGUGCUGGUACUGCAGUACUCAGACUGUGAUAUGGCCGCGUUGGCACUCAAAGUCACCAACGCCACAGCCCCAACCAGGAGGAGCCUUUAAUGAAUGAAAGAGUCUUAACGUUGCAAAUGUUGUGUUUGCUGAGAUCUGUAAGACUCCGGCUAUGUGCUGUAAUACCUGUGACAUCUAACAUUCUCAGUGCACUGAACUGCUUACAAAGCGUAAGCUCUGUCUUCAUCGUUCUAAUAUUCCUGUCUGAACAAAUCACUAAGCAGUGGAUGGAAAUCCUGACUGAACACACAGCACCUUGUAGGGAAAAAGGCAUUACCUUGUUUUCUGUACAAAGAAGUAACAGCGCUAUCCUUGAUGAAGUAAAUAGUAUUUUUCAAUGAAGAUGAUACGGGUGAUCUUUGCUAAAGGUCGUAUCACCCAGUUAAACAUGUCCAAAUAGUAAAUGUUAAUUAUAAAUUAAAUUAUUUAAUUUCCUUCUCCAUCAUCGAAUCCCCUAAUCUACCAUUUUCAGAAGCUAUAUUCUCGCACACAGUCUAACCCAAUCCAUUAACACGUAUGACAAAUCAGAUUUUUCCUAGAUACAACAAUAACAUGUUUUAUUCUUCCGGUGCUUUGUUUGCAUCCUAAGGCAUUUCAGGAAUUCAAAAAUAUUUAUUAACUAAUUCUAGGGGAAUUGAGAGAUUUUUGUUCCACGUGUUAAAAUGAAGGACACAAUGGUUUACAAACUUAAAUCAAAACUUAACAAGUAAAGAAUGUCUGGCUCAGUGUUAUGGUCCACAUAUGUUCAUAUGUAACAAGAGUAAUUAUCUUAAAAAUAAAUAUGUUUAUGAUUAACAUUUUUUAUUUUCAAGGGAUAUGUUCUCUACAAAUAAACUGAAAUCUCUUUAAUCUUGGGGAUCACUGGGAGUUCGGAACUCAGGAAAAAAAAACUUUCAAUGCGUACAAGAUUUUAGGAUGGGAAUCGUACGAGGGAUGCUCCAAAAGUAAUGCCUCCUAUUUUAUGUUGUUGGUCCACGAUGUCAGAGGUGGAUGUUGGUGGGACGGCAGUAGAGGCUGAACCUUCCCAGCAAUUUUCUGUGACAUGCUGUUGCUGUGUGACAGACGGCAGCAGAGGGGCACUCUGACAAAGUGGCAUCUGACACUGGAAGUGUGUACAAAACAAAAGUGUGGAAUUGAAUUCCUCCAUGUGGAAAUAAAUAGCACUCACUGACAUUU